AUGUGGUGGCAGUAGACAGGAACCUAACGCCGCUCUCCUUGGCAAACGAGAACUGGCGCAAACCUGUGGUACUAAGUACUGCGGAUCGCAAGGCGGCAUGGGAGAGUAAGGUGCUACACGGGCGGUUCUACAAGGCCCUCACGGGACCCGACGUGGACCUGCUCGCGUCGGUGAACUGGUUACGAUUCGGGGACCUCUUCGGAGAAACCGAGGGUUUUGCCUGUGCAAUUGCGGACGAAGUGAUGAUGACGAACAACUAUCGGAAAUAUAUCCUGAAGGACGGUACGGUCGACAUUUGUCGGGCAUGCCGCCGUCCCGGAGAGUCACUCAGGCAUAUCAUUUCUGGUUGUUCUCAUCUUGCUAACGGCGAGUACUUGCACAGACAUAAUCUCGUAGCCAGGAUUAUUCACCAGCAACUUGCUCUUCUAUACGGCCUUGUGGACCGCGAAGUACCGUACUACAAGUACUUACCUGCGCCUGUUCUCGAGAAUGGUCGUGCCACGCUCUAUUGGGAUCGAUCUAUCAUCACUGACAGAACUAUUGUAGCCAAUAAGCCUGACAUCGUGAUAAUAGAUCGAUCGCAACGUCGGGCCGUGCUCGUUGACAUCACCAUCCCCCAUGAUGAGAAUCUCGUGAAAGCCGAGAAGGACAAGUCCAGUAAGUACCUAGACUUGGCUCACGAGAUAACCGCCAUGUGGGAUGUUGAUUCGACGAUCAUUGUCCCGAUAGUCGUUUCAGUGAACGGUCUAAUAGCGAAGAGUCUCGACCAACAUCUUGAGAGACUCUCGCUAGGUGGUUGGAUCAAGGGUCAGAUGCAGAAGGCGGUGAUCUUGGACACGGCGCGGAUAGUCCGCCGGUUCCUCUCUCUGCGGCCCUGACCACCGGAAGCUUGGGCCCUGCCCCGCUGCUGGCGGCACCCUAGGUUAGUUUUUUAGGGUUCCGUAGCAAAAUAUGACGCAAUCCUUAAAAUAUUAUAAACUUUUAGUAGUAAUGAAAUGCAAUCAAACCCCUAUAUUUUCAUAUUUUUGUAUGAAACUUGAUUUAUAAAAAAUACUGUCUGAAAGCCCAUUUAAUGCAGAUUAUAAAAACAUUAACAGUAAAUAUAAAUUUGACUAUUCUCAAUGUAAAAUAAAAUAUUGAAAAUACUGCGACGUUCGCCAGCUCA